AUGACUAUUUCAAUAAAAACCAAACAAGAAAUAUAUCAAUGUAAACAAAAUGAUCCAUCGAUUAAUAUUAAUCAACUUGCUGAAGAAUACACAGAAGCUAAAGAAAAUAAAAUAGUUAACCGUUUAGCAAAGUUUGUGGAGUUAGAAACUGCCUUAAAUAUUUGGAUACGGCAAAUUCUUUCACAAAAUGGAAUAGUAACCAAUGAGAUUCUACAAAUUCAAGCCAAAAAAUUUGCAAACUUAUUAAAUAUCAGUGAAGAAGAUUUUAAAGCAAGCCAAGAUUAG